AUCAAAAGGAUCUGUGAAACAGAAUUGGGGAUCGUCUCUCAGUGUUGCCAACCAAGACAAGCUUCUAAACUCAAUAAGCAGUACAUGGAAAAUGUUGCCUUGAAGAUUAAUGUCAAGACUGGGGGAAGGAACACUGUUCUUAAUGAUGCUAUUAGAAGAAACAUACCUCUUAUUACUGAUCGCCCAACCAUAAUCAUGGGUGCUGAUGUGACUCAUCCGCAACCUGGAGAGGACUCGAGUCCUUCUAUUGCUGCUGUUGUGGCCUCUAUGGACUGGCCUGAGAUAACUAAAUACCGAGGACUGGUUUCUGCUCAAGCUCAUAGGGAAGAAAUUAUCCAGGACCUGUAUAAGCUGGUUCAGGAUCCACAACGUGGGCUAGUCCACUCUGGUUUGAUAAGGGAACAUUUCAUAGCAUUCAGGAGAGCUACGGGCCAGAUACCUCAAAGGAUUAUCUUCUAUCGCGACGGAGUAAGCGAAGGGCAGUUUAGUCAGGUUCUGCUGCAUGAGAUGACUGCUAUACGAAAGGCUUGUAACUCUCUCCAAGAGAACUAUGUUCCUCGUGUCACUUUCGUGAUUGUCCAGAAACGUCACCACACUCGUUUGUUCCCUGAGCAACACGGGAAUCGUGAUACGACUGAUAAAAGUGGCAAUAUUCAACCAGGUACUGUCGUUGACACUACAAUCUGUCACCCGAAUGAGUUCGACUUCUAUUUGAACAGCCAUGCUGGUAUUCAGGGAACAAGCAGGCCGGCUCAUUACCAUGUUCUCCUCGACGAGAACGGUUUCAGUGCUGAUCAGUUGCAAAUGCUCACCAACAACCUCUGCUACACGUUUGCGAGGUGCACAAGAUCUGUGUCAAUUGUGCCACCAGCCUACUACGCUCACUUGGCUGCUUUCCGUGCCCGCUACUACAUGGAGAGUGAGAUGUCUGAUGGAGGCUCGAGCAGGUCGAGGAACACAACAACAGGUGCGGGUCAAGUCAUUUCGCAGCUCCCAGCAAUAAAAGAUAACGUCAAGGACGUUAUGUUUUACUGCUGAUGAUACUUCUUCUUCUCUUUACCAGUUUCAAAAGCCGUUAAUACUUCAAAAAAAAAAACUAUAUGCGGCUCGGGUUUGACCACUUUUGGGUUUGGCUGUGAAUGUUUUGAAGGAUUCGGCCAACUUUUUCUCUUAGGACUUAUAUUAUGCGUUUUGGUUUAAGACAGAUGAUCUGAUGACUAGUUUUGUCGUUUGUGAACACACCAAUGGUUAAUUAUGGGUUUUUGGACGAUCAUUUGCCUCA